AUCUACCUCGCAAAUCUUUUUCUGAUUGGUUGAACGACUCGAUCAAGAAACGACAGUAAGCCAGUCGACCAGCGACAAGCAUGGGAAGAGCACGUGUCAUUUAUAUUGUUGCGCACAACUCGGCAAGCUUAUACGUCGACUCGCACGAUUAUACCACCACCCCUACCGACUUUUUCACCACCAGUGAAAUGAACGUAGUCGGUAACGCCACUAGCGUUGUAACAACCACCGAGAAAAAGACAUCAGUUUCUUCUUCUGUAGAGGUGGUUGAUAGUUCGAAAAUUGUAGUACCAUUGCGUACACCGAAUAUAGUGCCCGCGAAUGCUAAGUACAUCAGCGUACGCCGUCGGCCUGUUACGAUGCUACUCGCGGUGAUCGCGCUCCUUUGUGCCGGUAGCAGUGCCGAGGUAUUCACUAACACAUUCCUCGUGAAGAUGAGGCAGCCCGCGGAAAGACACAUCGCCGAUCGCGUGGCUGCUAGAAAUGGAUUCGUUAAUCUUGGACCGAUAUUGGGCAGUCAGACGGAAUAUCACUUCGUGCACAAAGCUCUACCGCACGCACGGAGCAAGAGAUCCGUGCCCCACAUGAGAAGAUUGAAGGUGGAUCCUUUGGUGCACACAGCCGUGCAGCAGCCUGGUUUCAAGAGGGUGAAGAGAGGUUACAAGCCUCUCAGCGUGGAUAAUCUGGUGCCCUUAUAUCAAAUUAAAAAUCCAUCGAAUCCUGGCAACAGAGACCCGUCUGAUCCUUAUUUUCAAUAUCAAUGGUACUUGAAAAACACCGGGCAAAAUGGCGGGAAACCGAAGCUGGAUUUGAAUGUAAAAGCAGCCUGGGCUCAAGGUGUCACCGGGAAAAAUGUGACCACGGCUAUAAUGGACGAUGGGGUCGAUUACAUGCAUCCGGAUUUGAAAUAUAAUUACAACACGAAAGCCUCUUACGACUUCAGCAGCAAUGAUCCUUACCCUUAUCCGAGAUAUACCGAUGAUUGGUUCAAUAGCCACGGAACCAGAUGCGCCGGCGAGGUAGCGGCGGCCCGGGACAACGGGGUGUGCGGCGUGGGCGUAGCUUACGACUCGAAAGUAGCCGGGAUCCGAAUGUUGGAUCAGCCUUACAUGACCGACCUGAUCGAGGCCAACAGCAUGGGCCACGAACCUGACCUCAUAGACAUUUAUAGCGCCUCAUGGGGGCCGACCGACGACGGGAAAACCGUGGACGGGCCGCGAAAUGCGACCAUGAGGGCCAUCGUGCGCGGCGUUAACGAGGGUCGAAGAGGACUGGGCAACAUUUACGUGUGGGCCUCUGGUGACGGUGGCGAGGAGGACGAUUGCAAUUGCGACGGUUAUGCGGCCAGUAUGUGGACCGUCAGUAUUAAUAGCGCCAUCAACGAUGGGCAAAACGCUCAUUACGACGAGAGCUGUUCGAGCACCCUGGCUUCCACGUUCAGCAAUGGUGCCAAGGAUCCCAAUAUUGGAGUGGCCACCACCGAUCUCUACGGCAAAUGCACGACAACGCACAGUGGAACGUCAGCCGCCGCGCCGGAAGCCGCAGGAGUGUUUGCCCUCGCCCUUGAGGCCAACCCACAAUUGACCUGGCGCGAUAUUCAACAUUUGACGGUUUUAACUUCGAAGAGGAAUUCAUUGUUCGACGCGAAAGGGAGAUUUCAUUGGACGAUGAACGGGGUCGGUCUCGAAUUCAAUCAUCUGUUCGGUUACGGCGUAUUGGAUGCCGGUGCGAUGGUCGCUUUGGCAAAGAAAUGGAAAACUGUGCCACCACGGUAUCAUUGCGAGGCUGGUUCCGUGCUCGAAACUCAGGAAGUGACAAGCGAUCGAUCGAUCUUGCUGAAGAUAAAGACUGAUGCCUGCGCGGGGACCGAGUACGCUGUCAACUAUCUGGAACACGUGCAGGCCGUCAUUUCCGUGAACGCUACGCGGCGUGGCGAUUUGGAACUGUUUCUAACCUCCCCUAUGGGUACCAGAUCGAUGAUUCUGAGCCGGAGAAUAAACGACGACGACCACAGAGACGGUUUUACGAAAUGGCCUUUCAUGACCACUCAUACUUGGGGAGAGUAUCCUCAAGGGAAUUGGUUGUUGGAGGUGAGCUUCAAUACUCAAACACCUCAACACGGAUGGAUCAGGGAGUGGACCCUGAUGCUGCACGGCACCAGAGAGCCGCCUUACACCGGGCUCCCGGCAGCGGAUCCACAUUCGAAAUUGGCGAUCGUGAAAAAAGCGCACGAGGAACGAUCGUCGGCUAUGUAACGACGACCAUGAAGAAGACCCUAGAUACAUUCAUAUCGAGAGAUGUUCACGCGUCUACUAGUCUUAUUGUUUAAAGAUCUCAUUUUUACCAAAAACUUCGAAGUUGUCGAAGCUGUCUUUUCGUAAUAGUUGAUUAACCCGUAGAAGAAGAAGAAGAAGAA